AUGAGUGUGGUGGGAAUGAGAAUGUCAAGAUGGAUGUGUGGGAAGACAAGGAAGGAUAGGAUUCGACAUAUUCAACAGUUACGAGGAAAUUUUAAGGUGAACUUGGCUAAAGCAGUAACUGUAUAUGGGGAAAAAGAUAAAAUAUUUGAGGCGGACACAUAUUCAGCUGGACCUUCAUCAUUUUACCAGAGCACAACAAAUUGGGCAUUAAGCAGCACUGGUUACUUUAGUGAUAGUGGAAGUCUUGAAGACACCUUGAGUAAUGAUGAUGAGGGCAACCUUACUUAUAAAUUGACCAACGAAAUACCCGCUAUGGCCAAUCCACAACUGUACAGGGAUGCACGCCUUUCUCCCAUCUCUCUAACUUAUUAUGGGUUUUGUCUGGCAAAUGGAAAAUACACCGUAAACCUCCAUUUUGCAGAGACAGUGUUUACAAAUGGCCAAACAUAUAAAAGCCUAGGAAGGCGUAUAUUUGAUGUUUACAUUCAGGGGAGACUAGUGCAGGAGGAUUUCAAUAUUGUGGAUGCAGCUGGUGGGAUUAGUACUCCAGUCAUAAUGAACUAUACUGCUGCUGUAACUAGUGGUACCUUGGAGAUCCGUUUUUAUUGGGCUGGGAAAGGGACGACCGGUAUCCCUCUUACAGGAGUUUAUGGUCCUCUUAUAUCAGCUAUUUCGGCAGAUCCUGCAGACUUUGAAGCCCCAACCCCACCCCCACCAGAAGUUGCAAGUAGCACAUCACCUGGUGGAAUUGUAGGUGCAGUAGUGGGAAUUGUGGCUGGAGGAGUCUUCAUUAUAUUAAUACUGGUUUUUGGUAUUCUUUGGAGGAGAGGCCUCUUAGGACAACAAAAUACUUUGGAAGAUGAUUUAAAGGGCGUGGACCUGCAAACUGGUAAAUUUACCUUCAGGCAACUUAAAGAUGCCACAAACAACUUUGACAAAGCCAAUAAGAUUGGAGAAGGUGGUUUUGGUUCUGUUUACAAGGGCCUUCUAUCAGAUGGCACCGUAAUUGCUGUCAAGCAGCUUUCUUCCAAAUCAAAGCAAGGGAAUCGUGAAUUUGUGAAUGAGAUAGGCAUGAUUUCUGCUCUGCAACACCCUCAUCUUGUCAAGCUUCACGGAUGCUGUAUUGAAGGAAAUCAACUAUUGCUUGUCUAUGAGUACAUGGAAAAUAAUAACCUUGCUCGUGCUUUGUUUGGGCCAGAAGAAAGUCAGUUGAAGUUGGAUUGGCCAACAAGGCACAAGAUCUGUGUUGGUAUAGCUAGAGGUUUGGCUUACCUCCACGAGGAAUCAAGAUUGAAGGUCGUUCAUAGAGACAUCAAGGCUACUAAUGUGCUGCUUGAUAAAAAUCUUACCCCAAAGAUAUCUGACUUUGGAUUGGCCAAGCUUGAUGAAGAGGAUAAGACACACAUUAGCACCCGUAUUGCUGGAACUUAUGGAUAUAUGGCACCCGAAUAUGCAAUGCGGGGUUAUCUGACUGACAAAGCAGAUGUUUAUAGCUUUGGAAUUCUUGUAUUGGAAAUUGCUAGUGGGAGGAACAACACCAGUUACCGUUCAAAGGAAGAAAGCCUUUAUCUUCUUGAUUGGGCACAUCUACUGAAAGAGCAAGGGAAUUUGAUGGACCUAGUGGAUCCAAGGUUGGGCUCAGACUUCAACAAAGAAGAGAUGAUGCGUACAAUCAAUGUGGCUCUCCUUUGCUGCAAUGCUACUUCAACAAUUAGGCCUACCAUGUCUUCAGUUGUGAGCAUGCUUGAAGGCAGGGCUGCUGUUCAGAUAUUGGUCUCAGAUCCAAAUGCAUCAAAUAAUGAGAUGGAUGCAAUGAUGAAACAUUUUGAAUCCACUUUGGGAAUGAACACCAGUGAGAGCCAGAUACAAACUGCAUCAAGUCAAGGUCCCUUGACCGGUUCAUCUACAUCUGUUCAUGAUAUCUAUCCAGUCAUUCAUUAUUCAACUUACUAGGACACCAGAAAUGAGAGAAACUGAGCAAACUGUCUUGACUCUCAAACAUUUAUGUUCAUAUAUCAUCUCUACUCCCUCUCUAUAGAGU